UCAGGAGCCUCUUUCGGUGUGGUGUGCCUCUCACACUUGAACCUUGUCUAGCACCAACUAGUCCUAGCUAGCUUUCUCCCUUCCUGCUUUCUCUCUCUGAUCCCUCUCUCAUACACAAAGCCAGAAAUACACAACACAGACUGAAAAGAUGGUUGGAACAAUGGAGGAAGCAAGGAUCCCCGGGUACUUCAAGAACAAGGGCAUCCUCAUCACUGGCUCAACGGGCUUCCUUGGAAAGAUACUGGUGGAGAAGAUACUGAGGGUCCAGCCGGACGUCAAGAGGAUCUACCUCCCGGUGCGAGCGCCGGACGCGGAAUCGGCCAAGAAACGGGUGGAGACUGAGGUGAUCGGGAAGGAGCUGUUUGGGCUCCUGCGGGAGACGCACGGCAAGGGGUUCCAGUCCUUCGUCGACGAGAAGGUCGUCCCGCUGGCCGGCGACAUCAUCCACGAGAACUUCGGCGUGGAGGGAGCCCAGCUGGCGCAGAUGACCCAGGAGAUCAACGCCAUCGUCAACGGAGCCGCCACCACCAACUUCUACGAGAGGUACGACGUGGCCCUGGACGUGAACGUGAUGGGAGUGAAGCACAUGUGCCAGCUGGCCAGGCAGUGCCCCAACCUCGAGGUCAUCCUCCAUGUCUCCACUGCUUACGUUGUUGGGGAGAGGCAAGGCGUGAUCCAGGAGCUGCCGUUCAAGCACGGCGAGACCCUGCGUGAGGACGACGCCGAGCUGCGGCUGGACGUCGACGCCGAGCUCCGGCUGGCCAGGGACUACCAGCGGCAGCUCGCCGGCGACGACGCGGAGCAGAAGAACGAGAGGAAGGCCAUGAAGGAGCUCGGCCUCGCCAGGGCCCGGGAGUUCGGGUGGCCCAACACGUACGUGUUCACCAAGGCGCUGGGGGAGAUGACGCUGGCGCAGGAGCUCGCCGGCGGCGGCGUGCCCGUGGCGAUCGUGCGGCCCAGCAUCAUCACCAGCAUCCAGAAGGACCCGCUGCCGGGGUGGAUCGAGGGGACCAGGACCAUCGACGCCAUCCUCAUCGGCUACGCCAAGCAGAACCUCUCCUGCUUCCUCGCCGACCUCGACCUCACCAUGGACGUCAUCCCCGGGGACAUGGUGGUGAACGCGAUGAUGGCCGCGGUGGCGGCGCACGCCUCGCCGCCGGCGAGCCAGCGGCGGCCGGCGCCGGCGCAUCCGGCGGUGUACCACGCGACGUCGUCCCUCCGGAACCCGGCGCCGUACGCGGUGCUGUACCGGACGGGGAUCCGCUACUUCAGCGCGCACCCGCGGGUGGGCGCCGACGGGCGGCCCGUGCGCGCCCGGUCGGUGCACUUCUUCGCGACGGUGGCCGGCUUCACGGCGUACAUGGUGGUACGGUACCGGCUGCCGCUGGAGCUGCUGGGGCUGCUGAACCUGCUGCUGUGCGGCCUCCUCUCGAGGCUCUGCGACGAGCUCCGCCGCAAGUACGCCUUCGUGAUGCGCCUCGUCGACCUCUACGGGCCCUUCGCGCUCUUCCGGGGCGUCUUCGACGACGCUAACGUGGAGAAGCUCAGGCUGGCAAUGGCGCCCGCCGACCGCGCCGCCUUCAACUUCGACCCAAAGACCGUCGACUGGGACGACUACUUCUACAGGAUCCACAUCCCCGGCGUCAUGAAGUACGUGCUCAAGUGAAUUGACGCCAAGCCAAGCAAUGAAGGAGACGAGUUGGAAUCGUGUGAGCUUGUACAUCCCAUUCAUCGAGUCCCAUGCCAUUCAGCGAAGAAGAAAUGAUCGGUGAUCUUGCAUGGACGAUGAGGGAGACAUUGAUGGAAAUGCAUCCAGUCAGCAGCUAGCUUGGACUUCUAAUUAUGAUUUAGCUGGUUAUUAUUAUAUUUGAUAUAUAAUAGACAAUGGUGUCCGGUACUACUAGUAGGCAUCCUGCCCUCAUCUCGGUUAUUUGUUGGUUAAUUAUAAUUAAGCGGGCUGGAUUACUAUUGCAGACCUUCAUAAGCUAUAACAUUCUUGUAUGUUUCUUGGCAAUCAGGUCAGAUCUACCACCGGCCUCGUCUUAUGAAAUACUUCUUUCAUCCCAAA